AUGAGUAGUAGGGGUAUGCUAACUAUAACAUAUGCACUAAAUAUACCAGAUCAAGGUUGGAAGGGGGAAUAUGGUAAAAUUGAUAAUGAAAUGAUUUCAAAUUGGUUAAGUUCAAAAUCAAUGCCACAUCAUACAAGACCUCAUAAAACACCACCACCAAUUAUGAUGAAUAAUAAUAAUCAGAACAGUUAUUAUAGAACAUCAAUUAAUCCUGAAAGCGCUUUAAAAUAUUUAACAAUGACACCACCACCACAAUCAUCAAGUCCUCUAUUAAUUACUAAUUCAAUAACUGAUCCAAGAUCUGUAAAUGAUGAUAAUUAUAUUAUUAGAUUUCAUGGUAGUGACGGUACAAUGAGUGAAAGAUAUAGUAAUGUUAUUAUUAAUAAGAGAAAACCUAAACUUGAUCCUAACAGUAAAAUAAUUGUUUGUGGACAUAUAGAUAUGAUAAAUGUUGUUGAGCAAUCGUUGAAAGGUCUAGGUUAUACUGAGGAAGAUUUUAUAUUAAUAGCAUAG